CUGACAAACCAGAAGAGGAGAGAAUAUUAACGGAAAGCUGAUUGUUUUGAGUUGGUUGGUGGUGAAAGCAAAUCUGGAGCUUAAACUGAUUUGCCUAAAAACUUAAAACAUAAUAUUCGUACUACUACUAUAGUAGUAGUGAAAGUUGUCAAACAUCACAUGUCUUGCAAAAAUUUGAAUAAAUGGGAUUUCACAGUUUAAAUAGAUAGCUAAUAAGAGUUAUAUAUUAAAUUGUAAACAAUUGAUUCAUUUGUGUGUGUGAAGAAUUGAGUGGAAAACGUGCAGGUUUGAGCUAAAUUUGUAUGAGUUGAUCAAUUAUUGCGUGGGAAGAAAGAUGCAAAUGCACACUCAUGGAUACUUUCACCCCGGAAGAAAGACUUUCUCAUUGUUCGUCGUCACCACCACCUUUCUCCUCACUCUGCUCUACAGAGUUCCGAGCAGUUUGGGUGAUGAGCAGCUAUCAUCGAAUCGCAUUGGUUCACAGAAGAACAAGGUGGUGCUCAAUGAGAUGACGGAUGUUAAGGAAUGGAAGAGGCUGAUCAAAAGCAAGACAAAUGUUCUCAUCUGCUUCGGGAGUGGCAGGGCUUCCUUUGCUCGUGACGACAUUCUCGGGGUGCUCAAGGAGGCGGCAGGGGUCGUCAAAGGCUUGGGCACCAUCGCCCUCGUCGACUGUGCCAGUUCGGGGGACGCGAAAAAGUUGUGCAAGAAAGUGAAAGCCAGUCCCUCUCCUGGAAACUAUGUGAUGAAACAUUACAACAAUGGAGAAUUUAAUAAAGACUACGACCGAGCUCCGAGGGUGUCGUCCGUGGUGAAUUUUCUGAAAGACCCGACUGGCGAUCUGCCCUGGCAUGAGGAUGAAACUGCAACUGCUGUGGUCCAUCUUCCAAAUCUCCAGGCUUUGCAGAAACUUAUAAAGAAGGAAAGUUGGUCCAGAGGGGUAAUGGUUCUAUAUUACACCCCUUGGUGUGGCUUUUGUAAAAAGAUUAAGCCUGACUAUGUUGCUGCGGCGGAAGAACUGAAGGAAGAAGAUGGAAUUCUAGCUGCCAUUGACGUAAAUAUGCCGGAGAAUGGGCCUGUUCGCCAAAAGUACAACAUCACUGGAUUCCCAACCCUUCUUUACUUUAGGAAUGGACAAAUGAAACAACAGUUUGAAGGAGAAAACAACAAGGAAGGAAUUAUUAGCUUUAUGCGAGACCCGAGUGCUCCCAAAGUGGAAAAACCGAAAGACGCAGAGUGGUCUGAUGAACCUAGUGAAGUGGUUCAUUUGACGACUUCCACCUUUGAUACGACAAUUAAGGAAAAUCCUUCUGUUCUAGUCAUGUUUUAUGCCCCCUGGUGUGGACAUUGUAAGAAAAUGAAACCCGGCUACGUUGUGGCCGCUGAAAAAUUAAAGAAGCAGAAGAUCGUCGGCGUGUUAGCUGCUGUUGAUGUAACGAAAGAAUCGUCUCUCGGGACUCGGUAUGAUAUUAAAGGCUACCCCACCGUAAAAUACUUCAAAGACGGAGAAUUAGCUUUUGAUGUCGGAAACGUGAGAGAUGAAUCAGCAAUAAUUGACUUUAUGAAAAAUCCAAAAGAGCCACCGCCGCCACCUCCGCCCGAGAAGGCGUGGUCGGAAGAAGAGUCCGCCGUGAUUCAUCUUAACGAGGAAAACUUUAAAUCGACUUUGCGUAAAAAGAAGCGAGCCCUUGUCAUGUUCUAUGCUCCAUGGUGUGGUCACUGCAAAAACGCCAAGCCCUCACUAACGGCUGCAGCGGAAGAACUCAAGGACGAUCCGAGAGUAAUGUACGGUGCUGUUGACUGUACGGUGGAGAAAUCUCUUUGUGAAACGUAUGAAGUCCGAGGAUUUCCCACGUUUAAAAUUUUUCAGUAUUUCAACAAAGAAGACGUGCUCAACUACGAUGGAGAAAGAACGAAAUCUGGAUUUCUGAGUGAAUUGAAACGUAGUGGUUCACCAUCACCAAAUUCGGAGACCGCACAAGAAGACGACUGGUCAGAGAACCCUGGUUAUGAGAAAGUGAACAUUUUAACAGACAGCACAAUAGAGAAAUACUUUAGCACUCAUGAAUCCUCUCUCGUCAUGUUCUAUACAACAUCGGAUAAGACUGCCAAGCCAGAUUUUGCUCAAGCUGCAGCGAUUUUGGACAGGGAAGGUAUUGGAGCGUUGGCAGCCGUUGACUGUUCAGUAUCUGAGAAAACGUGCCAACGAUACAAAGUCUCUGGCUACCCCACUUUCCAAUAUUUUAAGAACGGCAAGUUUUCCUCAGAUUACAACGAUCCAAGAAAGGCACAGGAUUUUAUCCGGUUUAUGAAAAUAAAGGCUAAUGAACGUGAAGAGUUGUAGUGAAAGUUUGUGACUGACACUCAAAAAGUAAUUUAUUUUGUACUUUAAUAUAUAAAAACAUGAGAUGACUGAAGACAUAUGGGCAGAAUUCAUACAGGAGAAUUACUUAAUUAAUUUGGGGUAAUAUAAUAUGUCCAAGAUUCUAGUAAAUACCUUUGUGGAACCGAUAAUGAAGGUUAUUGAAUUGUGAGACUCAAUGACUUGUAAUGUUUCAAGCUCUAUUGCUUGUGAAUUGUGAUACUGUCAAUAAUCAUACCAUUGCACCAGUAGAAUUACUAAAUCAAAUAACAUUUAACUGUACUAAGAAAAAUGAAUAAAGAAAGUUUAACACAAGAACGUA